AUGCGUAGCCUGUGUUUUCUGCUAAUUAUUGUUGUUGUUAUUAUAUUGGCACAAUAUUGCCAAUGUGGAGAAUCAUCAUCGAUGGCAGGCCUGGGUGUGAACUGGGGGGCUCUGGCUUCUCAUCCAUUGGAGCCAGGAAUUGUGGUUCAGUUGUUGAAGGAUAAUGAGAUAGAGAAGGUGAAGCUGUUUGAUGCAGAUUCCUGGACUGUGAGUGCACUUUCUGGGACGGACAUAGAUGUCAUUGUUGGAAUUCCCAAUGAUCAGUUGCAUGAAAUUGCUCGUAGUAGCAAACAUGCUGAACAUUGGGUCAAAGAAAAUGUCACCAAGCAUCUUCAUGAUGGCGGGGUCAAUAUCAGAUACGUAGCUGUUGGGAAUGAAGCUUUCCUCACAAGUUACAAUGGAAGCUACGUGACGCUGACAUAUCCAGCAAUGGUGAAUAUUCAGAACGCUUUAGAGAAGGCUGGCCACGCAGACACAGUGAAGGUAACUACACCCAUGAACGCCGAUGUUUACCAAUCUUCUUCCAACAAGCCGUCGGACGGACAAUUCCGCGACGACAUCUCCGACGAGAUGAAAAAGAUAGUGAGUUUCCUCAACGACAACAAAUCACCCUUCAUGGUCAACAUAUACCCUUUCCUUAGUCUCUACCAAGUCGCAGGUUUCCCUGAUAACUUCGCCUACUUCGACGAUAAUGCCCAACCAAUCAGCGACAACAACGUUCAAUACACAAACGUGUUCGACGCAAACUUCGACACUCUUAUUUACGCACUGAAAAAAGUAGGGUUUCCAAACUUAAGCAUCCAAGUAGGUGAAGUAGGGUGGCCAACAGAUGGGGAUGUAACUGGAAAUGCAAACCCUAGCAACGCACAGAGAUUCUACAAAGGGCUUCUGAAGAAGAUGGCGGAUAAAACAGGAACCCCACUUCAUCCUGGGCCUAUAGAAAUGUACUUAUUCUCACUUUUUGACGAAGAUUUGAAGAGUAUAGCACCGGGGAACUUCGAGCGUCACUGGGGAAUUUUCCGGUACGACGGAAGACCCAAGUUUCGAAUAGAUUUUUCAGGUGAAGGGGAAGAUCAAUGGCCUGAGGGAGCAAAAGGGGUGAAGUAUCAAGAACGACAAUGGUGUGUGGUGAGUAGUAAUGUGGGGGACGAAACUGCAUUGGAAGAUACAUUAGGGUAUGCUUGUGAAAACUCAGAUUGUACUAGUUUAGGGGUGAAUUGUUCGUGUAUGAAUUUGGACCUGAAAGGGAAAGCGUCGUAUGCUUUUAACCAGUUUUUUCAAGCCAGAGAUCAGGACGCUGAAGCUUGUGAUUUUAAAGGAAUGGCCACUAUUGUGAAACAAGAUCCAUCACAAGGGACUUGUUUGUUCCCUAUAGAAAUAGUGAGUAGUGCUGGAGUGAUGAUUCAACCAGUGAAGCAUUUUGGAGGCAUUUUAGUUUGCUUCUUAGUCAUGUUGGUUACAUUGGCCUGA